ACCUGUGACUCAGAACCCUACAACUGCAGAAAUUGCCCACUCGCCUAGACAACAGUAGUGUUUAAAAACCUUUUCAGAAAUCUCUGAACAAUAAAAACGACCAGUGGUUUUGUCUUCUGUCAUCAGACCAACGUGUACGUCGAAUCAUUGAAAAAUGGCUGGUAGAGGAAGGGGGAGAGGAAGGGGUCGCGGGACAGCAGUAGCUCCAAGUGAAGAACCGGCUGCAGCACCACCGCCACAAAGUGCGUCACAACCGGUUCAACCUGUUGGAGCAGCUCCAAUAGCUCGAGGUAGAGGACGUGGUCGGGGAGUAUCUCCGGCUGUUGCUCCCAGUGAAGUUCCACCACCAGUUGGUGGUCAAGACAAUGUGGCUGCUGGUCGUGGUCGAGGCAGGGGAGCUGGUGCUGUUGACGCUGGAGGAGAAACUUCAAGAGCUAGAGGAGGCGCCGUGGCAGGAACAAACGGAACUGGGAACGGAAACCGCGACACAGCGGGCCUAACUGAUAGAAUGGCGAACAUGGCCGUGACAGGCGGUGGAGAUAGACGCCAAAGAGUCAAUCGUCACGACGAAGAAAAUCUUUCCUCAGGUUAUUUCAACAAAGGGGACUGGAAGUUGAACGUUGACUCCAUUCGAGGACAGCAAGUCAACUUGAUGGCCAAUGCAAUCACCUUAUACCCGCCGAGUGACAUGGAGAAGCCUGCCGGUCGCUUGUAUCAUGUGGACUUUAGUCCACAAAUUGAUGGAAGACGACUGCGAUUGGCAAUCAUAAUGGAGAAUGCGGACAAGUUAGGAGGACGAAAUAUUCUCUACGACGGAGGCAGUGCACUAUUUACGGGAUCGCUCAUCACGGACCCGAAUGGAAAGCUAGAGUUUUCAUUCACUACAAAGCGAGAAGAGGUAGUGCACGUAGUUUGCACACAUCGAUCGGACAUUUUUGCAGGGUCGACUGAACACUUGAGGAUCGCAGGUGUACUCAUGAAGAAGGGUCUGGCUGUGCUUGAGUACACUCCCUUUGGACGACACCACUUCGAUCCCAAGUCGAAGAUAGACUUGCGAAACAACUAUGAGUUAUGGCCAGGAUAUGCAACUGCAGUCAACAAGUAUGAAGGAGGGCUUCUGCUUGUGGCAGAUACAACUUUCAAACUUGCUGCAGUAAGAACAGUGUACCAGGAGUUGCUAGAAAUUCAUCAAAGCAGUCAAGGAAACACAGACGCAUUUCAGAAACAAGCGGUAAACAAGAUAGUUGGACGAAUUGUGUACACGCCCUACAAUCAAAAGCGACACAGGGUCGAUGAUAUCAAUUUUGAUGCAUCUCCUAUGGAUGAAUUCGAAAAACGCGGCGAGAAGGUUUCGUUUAGCUCAUACUAUCAGACAGCGUACGGUAUCGAGAUCAAGGAUGCAAGGCAGCCUCUGUUGCUUUCCCAGCCCAAAGAGAAAGACAGGAGAAGAGGGAUGACACAGCCCAUUUUGCUUGUACCAGAAUUGUGCCAUGUAACUGGCAUCUCCGACGAGCAGCGGGCUGAUUUUCGGUUCACCAAAGCAAUGAGUGAACAUACAAGGCAAACUCCAGAUGUUAAAGCUAAUAACUUGCUGAGUCUUGUGAAACGCUUUUCCCAGGAUCAGACGAUCAACUCCAAAUUUCAAUUCUGGAAUAUGCGGUUUGAUAAAAACCUCAUUCAAUUCCACGGUCGUCGAUUGAACUCGCCGAACAUCCACUUCAGCGCUCUUUGCGACUAUAAUAAAAACGCGGCUGAUUUUGGAACCGUACUGAAAAGCUGCAGAUUCAGGAACCCCGUAAGUGUAGGAGACUAUGCAGUCUUCUAUGUCAAACAAAACGAGCAAAUUGCCGGCACACUGAACGAUAAAUUGCACCAGGCAGGAAAUGGGUUUGGCAUGCAGUUUGGACAAUGCAAUGCAGUUUUGGUGAAGUCUCCUAGAAGUGAGGAUUGGAUACAGGCUCUGAAGGAGACCCAAAAACAGGCAAACGGUCAAAUGAAACUCGCAAUAUUUGUAUUGCCCGACAAUCGAGCUGACCGGUACAACGCUAUCAAGAGAGUCUGCUAUGUGGAGCAGCCCGUGCCCAGUCAAUGUGUGCUGAUGAAAACGCUUUCGAAACCUGCAGGUCUGAUGUCUGUGGUGUCUAAGCUAGCCAUGCAGAUCAAUGCUAAACUCGGUGGAGAGCCCUGGGUCACCGACUUCCAGUUACCGGGCCUGAUGGUGAUUGGAAUGGACGUGUACCAUGCUGGAAAGAACAAGAGCAAGUCAUCAGUUGGAGUCGUGGGGUCACUCAACAAUACACUUUCUAGAUACUACUCGAGAGCCUACAUGAACAACGAAGAAGAUGUGCAUGUAUUGCAACCUGCUAUAACAGCUGUCCUAAACCGCUUCAAAGAAAACAACGAGGGAAAGUACCCGAAGUACAUCGUCAUGUUCAGAGACGGAGUAGGCGAAGGUCAACUUGGCCGUGUAAUGAACACGGAGGUGGAAUCAGUUCAGACUGUUUUGGGAUCUCUAGGAAUUGCAGAAACCACAAAGCUUUGCUAUGUCAUUGUUUCGAAGCGUAUAAUGCAACGAUUUUUCAGUGCUGGAAAUCGUGGAGAUUUGCAAAAUCCCAUGCCAGGCACUGUUGUGUUCGACACACUGACGAAAGAAAACAGAUUUGAUUUCUUUCUGGCACCUACUUCCUCGCGACAAGGUACGGUCACCCCGACUCAUUACAACGUGCUCUUCGACGAUACUCCCUUCCGCUUGGACAACGGGAAACUCAUGGAUCUGGCCUUCCAUCUGUCCCACUUGUACUACAAUUGGACCGGUGCAAUCCGAGUACCAGCAGUGUGCCAAUAUGCGCACAAACUAGCGGCCAUGUGCGGAGAUAGUCUGUCGAACAUGGAACCAACUACCAUGUUGGCGGACACGUUAUUCUAUCUCUGAAUAACAAUUGCAGUAUUUCAAGAACUCUUUUUCAGAAAGAGAAGUUCAUUUGUUUGUUUAUAAAAAAACUAGGCAUGUUGCCGAUAAAAACAUUAUAAUAUAUAUUAUAUUCUCUUUGUGUUGUAUUUGCUGAGUUCAAUUGAAACCGAAAACGACAGGUAUUCGACAGGGUAUUUAAACAUCCGUCAAAAAUGUAUCUUUUAUCACUUACCAUUCAAUUGUUAAUUAGUCGUACUUCUUCGUAAAUAGUCGUAGGUAAUACAAUUUUAGUCCGACUCAAAGUCUAAAAUUUCGUUCACGUCAAAUAUGAGUUUUUGUGGUUUAACUUUUGAUUCCAUUCCCGCUUUAGCUCAAUUCCAAUUCUUAAACUGCGUUCAGUUGAACUUCUAGAAGACUAUUCAUGUGUGGCUCAUUAUUUGCAAUUCGUUUGUUUACAAUUGAAAUCUAUUGUUUAGUACUGCGUCAUCUCGUGUUUUGAUAGUUACUCUGAAAUUAAAAGCAAACGAGCAGUAAGUUGAUUGAAUAUAUGUACCAAUUCAGUCUACACAAAAUUUGUUUUGAGUGAUCGCGAGAAAUUUGAAAAAGUUGAAUUGAAAUUUAUGAACAUUGA